UAUUUCCGCUGUAGUUUACGCCUACUUCAGCUCCCCACCCACAAGCUUUUAAUACAGGCACACCUUUUCUCACAGGUGUGUCUAACAGAGGAGACCUGGUCAUCCCGGAAGGAGGAGAAGCCUGAACAAAGAUGAAUUCUUCCGUCUCCAAAGGUGGAGCCGUUCCAGCGGAAGAUCUGCAGGCGACAGAAGAUGCAGACCAAAGCGGGAAGCAGCAAAGUGAGGGUCAGGCUGGACAGCUGACAGGAAAUGAUGAUGAUCUGAUGUACUCAUUGGACAGCUCUCAAGACAGUGAAGAUGAGGGUAUUGGCAAAAAGGCGAAGAAGAAAAAGAAGCUAAAAAAGAAGAAGAAGAAGAAGGACUCCUCCUCUUCUUCAUCGUCUUCUUCUUCCUCCUCCAGUAGUUCCUCAGACAGUGAUAGUGAGGAUGAGAAGAAAAAGAAGAAUAAGAAGGAGAAAAAGGAGAAGGUCUGGGAGAGCAUUAUCAUCUUUCAGGAAGGUCCCGAGGGUCUGGAAGAACAGCUGACUGGAGAGGGCAUGCACAUGAAGCCUGAUUACGACUCAUCAGAUGAGGAAAAUGACAAGAAGAAAAAGAAGAAAGAUAAGGAGAAAAAAAAGAAGAAAAAGAAGAAGGAUUCUUCCUCCUCCUCAUCUGACAGUGAAGAUGAAAAGAAGAAAAAGAAAACAAAGAAGAAGAAAAAGAAGAAGGAUUCAAGUUCAUCUUCUUCAGGUAGCUCUUCCUCCUCUUCAUCUGACAGUGAGCAUGAUAAGAAGAAGAAGAAAAAAAAGAAAAAGAAGAAGGACUCAAGUUCUUCUUCUUCUGAUAGUUCCUCUUCAUCUGAUAGUGAGGAUGACAAGAAAAAGAAGAAAAAGGACAAGAAGAAGAAGAAAAAGAAAAACAAGAAAAAGGAUUCCAGCUCUUCAUCUUCAUCCUCUGAUAGUAAGAAAGACAAGAAGAAGAUGAAGAAGAAGAAGAAGAAAAAGGAUAAGAAAAAGGAUGAAGAGCAAAAGGACCCAAGCAGUGCUCUUUCAGGUGAAGGUGGUGAGGCAGGAGCUCAUGGAGACAGAGAUGCUGACAAGGACAAAGAGCUUACAUCAGCAGUAGAGGGCACUCUCUCCACCACACUAGCUGGGGGAGCACAGCCGUUUCCUUAUGACAUAGAGGAUGGUCACCUGAGUGAUGAUGAGGGAGGAAGAGGGAAAGAAAAGGAUAAAAAGAAGAAGUUGAAGAAGAAAAAGGAUUCUUCUAGCUCCUCGUCUUCUUCAUCUGAUAGCUCUUCAGACAGCGAGGAUGAAAAGAAGAAAAAGAAGAAGAAAACGAAAGAUAAGGAUUCUAGCUCUUCUUCAUCAUCUUCCUCCUCUGAUAGUGAAGAUGAAAAGAAAAAGAAGAAGAAAAAGAAAAAGAUGAAAAAGAAGAAAGAUAAGGAUUCCAGCUCUUCCUCAUCCUCAGACAGUGAGGACGACAAGAAGAAGAAGAAGAAAAAGAAAAAAAAGGCAAAAAAGAAAAAGAAGCACUCAAGCUCAUCUUCUUUAUCAUCAUCUUCUUCGGAUAGUGAGGAUGACAAAAAGAAGAAGAAGAAAAAGAAAAGGAAGACCAAGAAAAAGAAGGAUAAGGACUCUAGCUCUUCCUCUGACAGUGAUGAUGACAAGAAGAAGAAGAAGAAGAAAAAAAAGAAGAGCUCCAGCUCUUCUGAUGAAAGCUCUUCUUCUUCUGAUAGUGAUGGCAGCAAGGUACAAUGUGCAGUUAUAAAAUCAAACAUACAGUGAAACAAAGUUGUUUUACCACAAUGUUCUUAUUGUAGAAGAAAAAGAAACACAAGAAAAAGGACAAGAAAAAGAAG